UAAGUUGGCGCGUCACCUCGACGUCAGCCUCUUACCUCUCGGACGUCCCGUCCCGGGAGCAAACUCCAGCGACUUUGGGCUCCGCCCCCGUGAGAGUGGAGGGAGACCAAUGAGGACAGCUCUGAGGGGACCGGGGCCAAUGAGACGAGCACGGGGCGGGGCACGAGGCCGGAGGGUGGGGCGGGUGGCGGCGGUGGCAGCCCGAGGUCUGGCUGCGCGCAGUAUAUGACAGUACGUCAGCAGCGGGAUGGCCGUAGCUGUGGCGGCGGCUGCAGAAGCCCGAGCAGCCGCGGCCGCAGUGGAGGCUAGAGCCCGAGCGGCGUCGGCGGCGACACCCCGGGGAGUUUAAGAUGGCGGCAGGGGGGGCGGCGGGCCUGCGGGAGGAGCAGCGCUAUGGGCUGUCGUGCGGGAGGCUGGGACAGGACAACACCACCGUACUGCAUGUGAAGCUCACCGAAACGGCGAUCCGCGCGCUCGAGACCUACCAGAGCCACGAGAAUUUAAUUCCUUUUCGACCUUCAAUUCAGUUCCAAGGGCUCCAAGGGCUUGUCAAAAUCCCUAAAAAUGAUCCCCCCAACGAAGUGCAUACCUUUAACUUCUAUUUGUCAAAUGUGGGUAAAGACAACCCUCAAGGCAGCUUUGACUGCAUCCAGCAAACCUUCUCCAGCUCUGGAGCGUCCCAGCUCAAUUGCCUGGGAUUUAUACAAGAUAAAAUUACAGUGUGUGCAACAAAUGACUCGUAUCAGAUGACACGAGAAAGAAUGACCCAGGCAGAGGAGGAAUCCCGCAACCGAAGCACAAAAGUUAUCAAACCUGGUGGACCAUAUGUAGGGAAAAGAGUGCAAAUUCGGAAAGCACCUCAAGCUGUUUCAGAUGCAGUGCCUGAGAGGAAAAGAUCAACCCCCAUGAACCCUGCAAAUACCAUUCGAAAGACACAUAGCAGCAGCAGUGUUUCUCAGCGGCCAUAUCGGGACAGGGUGAUUCACUUACUGGCACUGAAGGCCUAUAAGAAACCUGAGCUGCUAGCUCGACUGCAGAAAGACGGUGUCAAUCAGAAAGACAAGAACUCCCUCGGAGCAAUUCUGCAACAGGUAGCCAAUCUGAAUCCUAAGGACCUCUCAUACACCUUAAAGGAUUAUGUUUUUAAAGAGCUCCAAAGAGAUUGGCCUGGAUAUAAUGAAAUAGACAGACGGUCACUAGAGUCAGUGCUCUCGAGAAAACUAAAUCCAUCUCAGAAUGCUGCCAGCACCAGCCGUUCAGAAUCUCCUGUAUGUUCUAGUAGAGACGCUGCAUCUUCUCCUCAGAAACGGCUUUUAGAUUCAGAUUUCAUUGAUCCUUUAAUGAAUAAAAAAGCUCGAAUAUCUCACCUGACAAAUAGAGUGCCGCCAACAUUAAAUGGUCAUUUGAAUCCCACCAGUGAAAAAUCUGCUGCAGGCCCCCCGCUGCCCCCUGCAGCCGCUGCCAUCCCCACGCCUCCACCGCUGCCUUCAACCCACCUGCCUGUCUCCAAUCCUCCUCAGACUGUAAAUUCUCACUCCAAUUCCCCUAGCACUCCAGAAGGCCGGGGGACUCAAGACCUACCUGUUGACAGUUUUAGUCAAAACGGUAGUAUCUGUGAGGACCAGCAAGACAAAUAUACCUCUAGGACUUCUCUGGAAACCUUACCACCUGGUUCAGUUCUACUAAAAUGUCCAAAGCCUAUGGAAGAAAACCAUUCGUCUCACAAAAAGUCCAAGAAGAAGUCUAAAAGACACAAGGAAAAGGACCAAAUAAAAAAGCACGACAUUGAGAUGAUUGAGGAAAAGGAAGAGGACCUUAAAAGAGAAGAGGAAAUUGCCAAGCUGAACAACUCCAGUCCGGAUUCCAAUGAAGGAGUUAAAGAGGAUUGCACUGCCUCCACGGAAGCUUCUUCAACAAUUGAACUCCCAGAUUAUUUGAUAAAAUAUAUUGCUAUUGUCUCCUAUGAGCAACGCCAGAAUUACAAGGAUGACUUCAAUGCUGAGUAUGAUGAGUAUAGGGCCUUGCAUGCCAGGAUGGAGACUGUGGCUAGAAGAUUUAUCAAACUGGAUGCACAACGAAAGCGCCUUUCUCCAGGCUCAAAAGAGUAUCAGAGUGUUCAUGAAGAAGUCUUACAAGAAUAUCAGAAGAUAAAACAGUCUAGUCCCAAUUACCAUGAAGAAAAAUACAGAUGCGAGUAUCUUCAUAACAAGCUGGCUCACAUCAAAAGACUAAUAGGUGAAUUUGACCAACAGCAAGCAGAGUCAUGGCACUAGAGCUCUGCUUGGACCAGAAGAUGUGAAUAAACUUAAGCUUAUUUAUUUAAAAUUCCAAAUGAGUUGCUCUCAAAUUCUAAAAAAUGAAACUGCCUGUUGGAAGUUUCAGUAUUAGUAAACUUGAGUUACCUUCCCCCCCACCCCCUGCAUUUUACUUUGUUUCCUUGCAUUUUUGAAGCUGCUUUUUUUCUGGUCCUUUUUUCCUACUUAAGACUUGUGUUUGUCAAUAGAAAUAAUUUUUUUUGUAGAUAUUGAGGAUCCAGUGUCUGUACUUCAAAUCAAUUUUUUUCCUUAAAAAACUGUGUUUGUCAUUAGAAAUGAUUUUUUAGGUAUUGGGGAUCUAGUGUCCACACUUCAAAGUUAUGUGUGUUUAAAAAAAAACAGUAAUGUGCAAGAUGAAAUGCUUUUGGAUAAACAUAAGCCUAUUUUCUGACCUUUCUUAAUAUGAACUCUUUGCCUUAAAUGGUAGAACAUUUAGAAAUUUGCACAAAAUACAAAAAAACUUAAAACAUUGUUUUGGAGGGUUAAGAAAUAGAAAGGUGUGUAUGUGUAUAGAUCUAUAUACACAUGUGUAUAUAUAGUCUGACUUGAUCUAGAACAGUAAAUCUGCCCUGCAAAUUAACCCCCCAUUGCAAUGGUUGCCUUAAGGUGUUUGCUAGUUGUGUACCUAGUGUGGUUAAUCAUUAGCUACACUGCUUCCCACUUGAUUAGAGCAAUGGGAAGCACAUUGUGGCCUACCAGCGUCUGAAAGCGUGUGCUCGACCUGUAUGUAUGCAGAGGUGGUGUGGAUGUGAGCGUGCGUGAAGGAAAAAAGCUGCUACUCUCAGUAGGCCAAACGCUCAGGUGAAACAACUGAUGAGUGUUACUGUAGGUUUUUUUUUUCCUAUCAAAUUGCUACUUCUAUCGUGGAAGACAAGAGCAUUUCCAUUUCAACCGUUUGUCAACUUUAUUAAUGUUGGGCAAAAUUGAUAUGUUAUGAAAAUGAAACAGAUCUAUAGUUUGGGGCAAAAUUAUAAAAUUAAAUGUGUAGGUAACCUAUUUAUAUACUGCUAUAAAGUAUUUUUUGAAGAGAGAUAUGCAAAGAAGCUAUUACCUACAUGAAAUGUAUAUUUAAAGAUUUUUUUUUUCAUCCUGGGUGCCAGGAAUAUAAAAAAGAGUGGAUAUAUUUAACCAUAACAUACUGUGAUUCAUCAAACAGCACAAACUUUCAUUUCAUGGAGUUUAUCUGUUGACGUUGAUUUAAACUAUCAUUUGUUUUAUCAUGUGGGAACAUAAGUUAUGUGGUCAAAAAUAUAAGGAUUUUGAACUAAUGUUGAUUCAAGUUGUGUUGUCUUAUCGUAUUGUUUUUCACAGUGCUGCCAGUUUAAAAGGGAAGCAUUAUGUUUACAAAUAUGUUUUGAAAUGUUUGCCAAAAUUUUGGUGGUAUCUUUAAUAAAGAUGUUUGUCUCCAGCAUCCAAAACAAUAAAAAAAUAAAUAACUUUGUUGUGUAUCACUGUAAACCAGAAAAUGUUGGUGUCUAGAAAACCUGAGAGAGCAUGUAGAUGAAAUUUACUCUUUGGAGUUCUUCUAAAACAUUAACAGGAAAGAGUAGAUAAUAUAGUAAAAGUAUACAAAAGUAUACUGUACAAAGACUGAAACAAGACCCUGUGCACUAUAACUCUAACAUUACCACAGCAAUUUGAUUUCUACGUAGCAUGGACCUCCUAGGGAAUUCGAUUUUCUUUUAGCAUUGAGAUCCCUGGUGCUCUUCCUUUUACCUCAGAAUUGGUACAAUCAUUACUAAGCGUUCACUGAUAUCAAACUUUCAGUUGGAAAAAAAAAGCAGUAAAGAAAACUUAAUUGGGGAUAAAUUUGGUCCUCAUAUCAUAUGGUAGAGUCUCCUGAGGGAUUUGUCUGUAGGUAAUGACCUCAUUGGUGUCAUUUCUUAGACAUCAUGGCCUUUUAAUCAAAGAUAGUGUGCUGCUACUUGCUAUGAGUGGUGUUUCUCAAAAGCAAGGUGCUUGGACCACUUGCAUCACCCAAAUUAGAAUCUCUGGGGAUAGGGCCCACAUAGCCCCAUUUUCAUAAGUAUCCUCCAAGUGAUUUUGCAAGCUAAAGUGCGAGAACAGUUGGCUUGGAAGUUAACACUAAACCUUUAGGUCUCUAAAUCUCAGAGUCUUGAACUGAAGAAGUUUGGCUAUUGGCUUCUUUUUUUAAGCCCCUCCCUGUCAGCAGGUGCAACUCACUUUUCCUCUCUACAUCAUUUGUGGCACCCUCUCAGUUGUUUCACUGCUAACACUUAUUUUAGAACUUGUUUACAAACAAGGCAAACCUUCCAGUUGGCUAAUUGUUAGCCCUUGGAGCUCCUACCCAUCUACAUCAGCACAUCUUCUGGUUUACAAAUUGGGUAAUAAUGGAAGCUGGAGAUGCUUUAUGAAAAUCCAGCAUUGCACACCCGUAGACUUGACCACCUACGUAUAAAAGCCUUAAUUUAGAUGUCUGUUGUGUACAUUGGGCGGAUCCUUGCAAAAUGUAUAUCAUCAGUUGCAAAUUUGAGAGUUGUGAAUCUCCGCCUCUGCUAUUACCUAAGGCUGCAUCUCUUUUAAAGAUGGGCGUGAGCCUAUUAAGAUAUUUAUAAUCAUUCUUCAUCUCCUACUGCAAGAUUUUUAGAUUCUCUCAAAUAAUUGCUGCAGGAAUGGGUGGCCACUUAGUAUCAGUUACUCCGGUAGAAUUUAUUUAGUUUUUUGGUUUUUUUGUUCUUUUUGAGAGAAAUAGUAAGUGUAAAAUAGCAUUGUCAAGAUGAGACAAUGAGUUGUGUUAUUAUUUGCUCAUCACAUUUCAUCUAAAAUAAUUUGAAGCACUCUUGAUGAUUUUUACCAACAACCAUAAAUUAACUCCAGAAUGAGCGAGCAGCUGAUUCAAUACAAAGCCAAAAUAACAUUAACUAGAUGUGGUUUUGUUUUAUGUGAGGACUUCACUUCCUAUCUCGUUGGUUAUUUAUUUCCCCUGGAAUACUUUAGAGGGGUUAACUUUCAACUGUAAGUAGUGAUAGAUGUUCAGUACUUGCUCUCACAAAAGUAAUUGGUGUGGUCAGUUGAUAUCAUAGCUCCAUGCAUUGAUUAUAAAAAUCCAGUAUUAAUUUUCCUUCAUCUCUGAUUGAUCUUUUAACCUUAAUAGUUUUCUUUUCCCUUAAAAUAUUCCACCUUAUUCUGUAAAACAAAUGCAUAUUUUCAUGUUUGAAGCAAGGUGUUGAGAUGAGCUUUAGACACAAAUGGUCCAUCAGUUCCGACACUGCUUGGUUGCCUUACCCCUUCCACUAGUGCGUCCUUUGUUUCUGGAACUUGGCUGAAACUCUUCAGCCAGUUCAUUGUCUUUCCAGCCGUGUGAGCGUUGAGUCACAUAUGAGUGGUUUUUGCCUUUACUACUUUUAAAGUUCUUACUGUUUAUUACUUCCUAAGUGUUACUAAAUCCUUUUAUUCUGUACCAGAUGGGGAAAAAUUAUAGCCAGCUUUGAGAGGAACCUUUUGGGAAAAGAUAUUAACUGACACGACUAAAUGAAGGCAACAGAAGAUGUUAUCAAUGUUCUUUGUAACCUGACAACUGAACAAGGCUAUGAGGCUCAUUUCAAAAUAUUUUGAAGUGUUAAAAAUAUAUACAUAUAUAUCUACGCUGCUUCUCAGUUGUUCUACCCAAACCAUGUUAGCAAGGUAAAAUGUCACAGAGACUUUUCAGUUAACUGAGCUCAGCAGCUGUGGUGGCCCCUAUUGUUCUACACCAAUUUCAGUUCAAUAAAAAUGUUAACUUUGCAA